AUAGAGGCAAAAGCUGUGUAUAAAAAUCUUGCAUUUUCCACUCUCACCACCUCACAUUCGCUCAUUCUAUUUCAUUCUUUCCAGCUUAACCCUCGUUUGUCGAGGAGCUGCCGUUCAAGCUCCACUCACUUUUAUCAACAACGCCACAGCCGCAAGAUGCGACUUCUCGGAACUCUCGCAGCUGUCCCCUGUGUCUUCUCGGUCUACGUCGCUGGGGAACAUGGGUAUCUCUGCUCGGAUGCUGAAGGAACUACAAACACAACCUAUGAUCAAGCUCUCGUGGAGAAAAGUGUGACGGAUGCAUGUCUUCCAGACAGCGAGCUGUCCGCGGCCGAACUCGCGGCAAACGUCGAGGCGAAGAAGUAUCCUCAGGUCUGGGUUGACUCGGAGGAUUAUGGCUUCAACGAGACCGUUUUACUUUGGAAAUACCAAAGAAACAGCUCUGAGUCUCUAGAAGAGGCUGAUGUCCUUGUUUUUACCAACAAAUCCUGUGACAUUCUGGGAUUACUACAGACAUCCGAUGACCAGUAUACGAUCUGCGAAGAUGUGAAGGAACAAAAUGACAAGAAAACAAGCUCGGAGAUAUUGUCUAAAAAGCCUCGACCUGGUAUCUUUAGUGGCAGAGGAGGAAUUUAUGACUUACUACCUGGACAGGAACCUCAUUUCGAUGACUUCGACGCGCAGGGGCGGCGUAUUCCAAGGCGGAUCGCGCCUCAACCAUACCCUGGACAGGGAGGUGGACCACCUCCAAGUAUGCCGGGGCCCCCGAUGGGUGGUCCUCCAAACAUGUCAGGGCCCCCGCGUGGUCCCCCUCCAAACAUGUCAGGGCCUCCGCGGGGACCACCUCCUAUGCAGGGCCCACCUGGUGGCUUCCCUCCUAAUAGUUGCGGACCCCGCGGUUGUCCACCACGUUAG